CAGUGAAAAACGUGCAUUCGGGAACUCGGCGCGAAUUCCGUAGCACGUCUGAGUUUUGCGCUCUGCUGCUGGGACUUGCAUCUCGUCGGAUGUAAACAAACGUCUUUGCUGUGUAAUAAUAAUACAGUAAUGGCGAAGCAAUCGUCACUCCUCAACUUUUUCAAUCGUUCGCAAUCUGCAACUCCAAUAAAAGAAGUUGUGAAAACUAUCAAGUUGAAAGGAGUUGAGGUCACUGAAUUCACAUUGGUGUGGGGAAAAUUGGAAGGACAUCCAUGGUGGCCAGGCUUGGUUUGCAAGCCUCCCUCUGGAGGUUCAUUUUCCCGCAAGAAUGCCGUGCACUUGCAGUUCUUUGAAGAUCCUCCUAGUCGUGGCUGGGUGAGAGAGAGCUUUUUGAAGCCUUUUGGAGAUCCCAUAAAAGUUGGAGUUCCAACUUAUAAAGAUGGAGCAUGGCAGAAAGCUAAAGCAAGUGCAGAGGAAGCUGCCAAACUGAACAUUGAGGACCGGGAAGCCUUAUUGGUCACUCAUGAGCCCUCGGAUGAAGAAAUGGAAGAAGAAAGCGAUGAUGAGGCUCAAGAAGAAGGUGAAAACAGCAGCAGCAAGGAAAACAUUGAUGACAGCAACCUGACCAACAGCUUGAGCCCAAAUUCCAACAAAAAACGUCCUAAGCAAGGUUCAAGUUCACAAGUGCCAUCGAAGAGACGGAGAAUUGUCUUGCUGAGCGAGAGUGAUGGAUCCGCUGAUGAAUACAAACCAGGCGAGGAAGCAGAGAGCAGCGACGAGAGUGCGUCGUCUGGUGUAGACGAGAACGAAGUCUCCAAAGACGAGCCUCGCUCUGAUGACUCUGUAACGCCCUCACCUUCUCCAGUUAAGAAAUCGGUAUCAUCAAAGAAGCGGGGUACCAAUGGAUGCUCCACACCCAAGCUCAAACCCAGCGUUACACCCAAGCUUACACCCAGCGUUACACCCAAGCUUACACCCAGCGUUACACCCAAACUCACACCCAAGAUUACACCCAGCGUUACACCCAGCGUUACACCCAAACUGACACCCAGUCUCACACCCUACACUCCAUCAGCUCCACCCUUCACUCCAUACACUCCCACUGCUCCACCUUAUUCACCGGUUGCUGCGUCAGCCUCUCCGUCUCUCAAGUCAAAAUUAUCGCUUUUUGCUGCCAAAGAGGUUGCAGACCCGGAAAGUAGCGCCGGCUACACCCCACCGUCCUUCUUGCUGCCCGAGAACAUCAAAGAUGCUGCUGGUCGCCGACUAGAUCAUCCUGAGUAUGACCGACGCACCUUGUGGGUGCCCGAGAGUUUUCUCAACCAGCAGACGCCUUGCCAUCGUCAGUGGUGGCUGUUCAAGAGCCAGAACUUUGACACGGUUCUGUUCUUCAAGAUGGGCAAGUUCUAUGAAUUCUUCUACAUGGACGCUGAGAUCGGCGUUCAGGAACUUGGACUCAUUUUAAUGAAGGGCACAGUUCCGCACUCGGGGUUCCCGGAGAUAUCGUACGGGCGCUACUCGUCAUCACUCAUCGAGAAAGGCUACAAGGUUGCCCGCAUCGAACAGACCGAGACUCCUGAGAUGAUGGAGAAACGCUGCAAAGCUACACCACGGUGCAGCAAGUUCGACAAGGUGGUGCGGCGGGAGAUCUGCCAGCUGAGCAGCGCAUUAUAA